CUAUCUUUUAUAACUCUGAAGGCUACUGCUUUGUGCUCAGUCUCUAUCCCCGGGGUCCAGGCAACUCAAAUGGAGAUUACCUAGGAAUCAUGUUUUCUUUAUGUAGUGGCCAGAAUGAUGGAGCAUUAGAAUGGCCAGCUGUGAACAGGCAAGUGACAUUCACCAUAGUGGAUCAAGAUCCUGACAUCACCCAAAGGAUGUCAGCAAGCCGAAGUUUUGUUACAGACCCCAACCAGCGUUACAAUGGGAAACCUUUUUGGGAUAAGGCUGACAUUACUGGAACUUUUGAUCCUUUCUAUAACACCCAUAUAGGCCCAGGAUGGGGAUGGCAUUACAUCUUGCCAUAUAGUGAAUUGUACCGGAGAAAUUUUGUUAAAAAUGACAAUCUCAUCAUUUUUUCAAAUUUUGAAGUUAUUCAUGAUCCAGGUAAUGUUUUAUAAAUCCUUGGAAUUCUUGACAAAGAAAUGUACAUCUCCUCUGCUUCCAUCAGUUAUCCCGAAUAAUUUCUGACAGUUGGCCUGUGGAUUCACAUUUACUGGCCCUGCUCCCUUGAAAACAAAGGUGGAAUAAUAAU